AUGGAAGAAACCAUAGCAAGAAUCCUCACAGACCUUGAAAAAAUCAAUCAAAUCCCAAACACUCAAAGCCAAUCUCUGGUCAUUUCUCGCUCUACUCUCUUAGAUCUCCAAUCCCUUUUAUCCACAAACGACCCAGGCCUCCUUUCCCAGUUCUUCGAUGACCUCCCUUCGAAAAGUCUCUCUCCUUCUUCUCUCACUAACUCAUUAUCUUUCACGAUGGAUUCUGCCCCCUCCCAUCGUCUCUCUCUCUUAGCUUCCAAAGUCUACCUCUCUCUUCUUCUCUCCCCAAAUUCCCCUGUUUUCACUCUCUUCACUCCCAUUUCCUUCCUUUCUCUCCUCCGCUCCCUUCGUCGUGCUUUCAAAAACCGUCCUUUAGCCCAACCUGAUGAGUCGCCCCCUUCCCAGGUGCCGCCUAAUCGGAAGAGGAAGGGUGGGGGGAAGGGUCGUGGAAAACGGAGUAACGUCAGGAGGUCGGGGGGUCAUAGUGAAGGAGAGAGUGAAGAGAGUGACUCUCUGGAUAUAAAGGAAGUCUUCUUUGUGUUUGAAAUGUUGGUUUCUGUUUUGGGUUUGAUUCAUUUGGAUAGGUUUCCUGAUAGUUUGAAGUCUUUGAUACAAACUGUAGGUGAAAUUCCUUUGAUGGCAAUGGAAAAGUUUGGGAAUUUGGGUAGUUUUAAUCGGUUAAUGCAUUUGUGUUCGUGGGUUUUGAGUGAAGUGUUGAGGUCUGAACAUGGAGAGAUGGCUAAUACUGCAGCUGAGGUUUUGAAAGCUUUAUCACCAUUGAUCUUAAUGGUUAAAUCACAAGCAAGAAGCUUCGCAUUGGGGUUUGUGACAAACACCAUGAUCGAAUUGGGAAAUGAGAGUGACGGUGUUAAGAAAGCUGUUGUUAAUUUUCCUAGGUAUUUGGCUCAGAAGGCGCCUGAGAAAGCUGAGCCGCGGGCUUUGGCUGUGGAUUCGAUUAUGGAGGUUGUUAAAGUGAUGGAAUUUGAUGAUCAAAUGGGGUAUAUAGCGUAUGUGGUGAAGAUGACUCAAGGGAAGGCUAAUUUGAGGCUGUUAGGUGUUGAUCUUAUUGCAAUGAUGUUAAUGUCAUUGACGGAUCCUUUAGGGGUGGAUUCGGAUGUUGAAGUAAGGGAUCCUUGGGGAACAAGGUGUUUGGGAGCUUUGAUUCUGAGAUGUUCUGAUUUGAGUGCUGGAAUUCGUGCUCGAGCCCUAUCAAGCUUGGCACAAGUUGUGGGGUUUUUAUCUGGUGAUGAUAGGAACAAAGGUAUUUUGAAGGAAGUGAUGGGGUUCGGUGAAGGUGGGGAGGAGAGGCCAGAGGGUGGAAUGAAUGAUCUUUUGAGGAAGAGGUGUACGGAUGAGAAGGCAGCUGUUAGGAAGGCAGCGCUUCUUCUGGUUACCAAGCUGACAACCCUUUUAAGUGGUUCUUUUGACGGAGUCGUGCUCAAGACCAUGGGUAUGGCUUGUUCAGAUCCACUUGUUAGCAUCCGUAAAGCUGCCAUUUCAGCUCUUUCUGAGGCCUUCAGGACAUUUUCAGAUGAAAGUGUGACAACUGAGUGGCUACAUUCUGUUCCACGUUUAAUAAGAGAUAAUGAAUCUAGCAUUCAAGAAGAAUGUGAGAACUUGUUCUUGGAAUUGGUUUUGGACCGGGUGUCUAGGGCAGGAUCAGCUUGCCCAACCAAGAAAGGAUCUAUUUUGCCUGAUUCAAAUUUAACAGCCCAAAGUGUAGAAAGGGAGAUGGAAUUGUUAUUCCCUGAAGGGGUAUUAGGUCUUUUGCAAGUCAUCUGCGAUGGGGAGGUGGCUCCAUGGGUGAAGAAAAUUUGCACAAGCCUGGGUACAAAGAGACGACUGAAGCCCAAGAUUGCUAGUGCUCUUCAAAAUAUUAUAAGGACAUCUGAAUCUCUCUGGUUGAGCCAUUCCAUGCCAAUUGAGAAGUGGACAGCCCCAGCUGGUGCUUGGUUUCUUCUAUCGGAAGUGUCCGCAUAUCUUUCAAAAGCUGUGGACUGGGAAUUCCUCCAUCACCACUGGCAGCUCCUUGACAAGCAUGGAGCAGAAGGUGAGUUCCAAAGCCCACUUAGGCAAGGGAAUGGAGAUGAAGAGCGCAUAGAAUCCAAAUCAGUUGCAUGGGCAGGAGAUCGUGUUUUCCUCUUGCAAACCAUCUCAAAUGUUUCUGUGGAGUUGCCUGCUGAACCUGCUGCUGAUUUAGCCCAUAACUUGCUUAAAAGAGUUGAAAAAUUCAGUAUGCAUUCCACAGAGGUUAAUGCCCAUGUAAAAGCUCUUAGAACAUUGUGCAAGCGGAAGGCUUUAAAUCCUAAGGAGGCUGAUCAACUUGUCGUGAAAUGGGGACAGCAGCUUCUGUCUAAAGCAUGUAAAAUUCUAGAAAAGUACAUUUCUGAGAGUAAAGAAGCAAAAAAAAGUAAUUGUUUCUUUACACCACCAAGAAGUGGUAGUAGAAAAGGCAAGCAAGCAACAAGCGCUUCCAGGCUACUGUCAAAAGCAGUCACCGCUGUUUAUACUGUUGGGUCUUUGGUUGUUGUCUGUCCUUCUGCUGAUGUGAGCACCAUUGUUCCACUAUUAUACACAGUAAUAACUUCAGGGAAUUCCAAUCCAAAGUUAAAUAAAUUACCAGGGCCUAUGGUAUCUUUGAAGCAGACUGCCCCUUCUUUGUAUAUUCAAGCGUGGUUGACAAUGGGGAAGAUUUGCCUGGCUGAUGGGAAACUUGCAAAAAGUUAUAUUCCUCUCUUUGUGCAGGAACUUGAAAAGAGCGAUUGUGCAGCCCUUCGCAACAACCUUGUUGUGAUGAUGGCAGAUUUUUGUGUUCGCUAUACUGCUCUAGUUGAUUGUUAUAUACCAAAGAUCACCAAGUGUCUCCGUGAUCCAUGUGAACUUGUCAGAAGGCAGACUUUUAUACUGCUCUCAAGGUUGUUACAGAGGGACUAUGUGAAGUGGAGAGGAGUGCUAUUCCUUCGGUUCCUUCUGUGUCUUGUUGAUGAAUCAGAAAAGAUACGACAACUUGCUGAUUUUCUCUUUGGAAGUAUUUUGAAAGCGAAAGCUCCUCUUCUAGCUUACAACAGUUUUGUGGAAGCCAUUUAUGUUCUGAAUGACUGCCAUGCUCACAAUGGACAUAAUGAUUCUAUGAAUUCACAGACAGAGAGUCAACUUUUCUCCAUCAGGGGUAAUGAUGAUAGGUCCAGAUCUAAAAGGAUGCGUGUCUAUGUGUGUUUGCUGAAACAAAUGGCUGCAGAGCACCUUUUGGCCACUUUUGCGAAGUUAUGUGCAGAGAUUCUUGCAGCUGCAUCAGAUGGUAUGCUCAAUAUAGACGAUAUAACUGGACAGUCCGUUCUGCAGGAUGCUUUCCAAAUUCUUGCCUGCAAAGAGAUCCGAGCCUCAUCCAAUCGUGGAUCUGGGUCUGAGACAGCAGAGGUAGAGGAAGAAGGUGGAGAUAGCAGCGCCUCUGCUGCUGCUGCCAAAGGAAGGGCUAUAACACAGGCAGUCAGAAAGGGUCUCAUUCAAAACACCAUCCCCAUCUUUAUAGAGCUAAAACGGCUAUUAGAAAGCAAGAAUAGCCCUCUCACAGGUUCUCUCAUGGAAUGCAUGCGAGUCCUUCUCAAGGACUACAAGAAUGAGAUCGAUGACAUGUUGGUUGCGGAUAAACAGCUUCAGAAAGAGCUCAUAUACGAUAUGCAGAAAUAUGAAUCAGCAAAGGCCAGAACAACAGCCGCAGAGGCAGUUGCCACCAUGCAAAAUCAAAGUGGCUACCAAUCACCUUGUCUUUCUAAAGGAUCAAGUGGAACUCAUGCCAAAAACAAGCUGAGCCACAAGUUGCAGAGUAAUUCAAAAGUGGCUUCUGCAAUGGCAGAUGCAGCCGCCAAAGCCACUGCUCGGUCAGUACUAAGGGAGGUGAACAAGGGAGCAAUGACACCUCCACUUAAUUCCAUCAGCAUGCCAAAACUCAAGUCUAACCAGGUAGGAGGAAGCAGUGUUCAAAAUGAUCGCCCAUUAGAUGUAUUGGAAUCCUUGAGGAGACGACAGUCCUUCAAUUCUGACGAUGAAAACUGAUGUUUCAGAAUCCACAUUCUCCCAUCUGGGCACCAGAUGUAAAUAGUGAAUAUAAUUCAACUUUUUUAUGUUUUUAGAAGUAGUUUUACUUACCCAAUUUCCAUUGACAAUCCUUCAUUGCCAUGCCACAGGCAUGUUAAUGUACAGGGAGUACGAGUUCAAUAGUUAAAGAUGUAUGGACUCAAAUGACGGAACAGUGUUUAUAAUCAAUUUAGUGAAAACUUUGCUGUUCUCUGCAGAGACUA